AUGGAAUUUGACCGAGGAAAUGGAUGAGCAAAAAAAAAAUUAUGAAGAAUUGAAAGAGCAAAAUUUCAGUCUUUCACUUUCUCUAUCACUAACUGACAGUGAAAACCUCCUGAAAUGAUCAGAACAUUGGGACUUUCCUCUCUUUUUCUUUUUUGUCUUUUUUGUGAGAUCACCUUCUUCUCUCAUCUCAAACAGGACACACAAACAACAGACUGAAAAUAUCAAACAUAUCUGCCUUUUCCUUAUACUAGGAAACAAACAUCUUUUAAAUAGUUAAACCCAUCGAGUUUGUUCAUGGAUCCCAAGCAGACGCCAGCGCAGUCUAACGCUAUCAAUAUUAACAACAGCAACAACAAUAUUAUGGUUGAGUACAAUAAGCCUGUUCAUGAUCAGAUAAAAGAAGAUGAAACCAAGAAGCAGCAGCAAUUGGUUCCUAAAAGAAAAGAUAGGCACACAAAAGUUGAAGGCAGAGGGAGGAGGAUACGUAUGCCUGCUCUUUGCGCUGCUAGGAUUUUCCAACUCACCCGCGAAUUAGGUCAUAAAUCUGAUGGAGAGACAAUCCAGUGGCUGCUGCAGCAAGCCGAGCCCUCCAUAUUUGCCGCCACCGGGACAGGGACCAUCCCUGCCUCGGCAUUAGCUGUAGCAGCCGCUGGCCCCUCUGUUUCCCAACAGGGGACCUCUGUAUCUGCUGGUUUGCAUCAAAAAAUGGAUGAAUUGGGAGGGAAUAUAGUCGGGUCCGCUAGUAUAUGUACUAGUAGUAGUAGUAGUAGGACCAGUUGGCCAAUGAUGAUUGGGAAUUUUGGAAAACCCCAUUUGGCCACAACAGGAAUAUGGCCCGGACCUACUCCUGUUGUCACUAGUUUCGGGUUACAGACAGCAUUGACUCCAGGAUCAAGCACCAAUUUGGGUAGUGAAAGUUCCAAUUAUUACCUACAAAAGAUUGGCUUUCCUGGAUUUGAUCUGCCUGCAGCCACCAAUAUGAGUCCUAUGAGUUUUACUUCAAUUCUGGGUUCCAGUAAUAACCAGCAAUUGCCAGGUUUGGAGCUUGGAUUAUCUCAAGAUAGGGGUCAUAUAGGGGUUUUAAACUCUCAAGCCUUGAGCCAGAUAUACCAGGCUAGAAUUCACAAUCAACAGCAGCACCAGCAAAAUCAGCAUCAGCAUCUAUCUCCCGAGGAUGAUUCUCAAGGAUCAGGACACUAAUACAACUUCCAGAUAGAAGACCUGAGCUAGGUUUUCAGUGAAUAGUUUUCAUUUUUUUAGGAGCUGUAUUAAUUAUAAGUUAAAAGCCAACUUUUCAUUAUUCAUUUUCCCUUUAUAUCUUAGUUUGUGAGCUUAUAUCUUGUUUACUGAAAUAGACAUGGUAAUCACAUAAACAUGCGCAAUUUAAGGCUUUGGAUAGAUUCACCUCUUUGUUUUUGUACAAGUAAGGGAUUUCCGGCAGUCAAUUGCAAUUUCAAUAUAUCCAGCCUAAGGAGGUCCCAAAAACUCUGCUCUAGUUUCUUCUGGUUUGGGGUUGAGGUAGGGGGUUAGAGAUUUUCAUUCUUUUCUUUGGUCAAUUCAUCACGUAAAUCAAGAAAGCCACAACACUGCAGCUAUGACAGCUGGUGGCCUGAAAAAUUAGCCCUUAAGUGUAUUGAUAGCUCCAUAAAUUGAUUCUAGUAAGUCAAUGGAAAUGGAGCUGUCAAAAAUGGGGAUGUAACUGUAAGAAACAUUUGGGGGGUGGGGUGGGAUUCAUGGCAUCACUGGAAGAAAGAGUAAGAUGCAGAAUAAAUGCUGUCAAAAGAAUCGAAUGAGGAAGUAAACAAUCCUCCAUUCAGUUCAAUCUUCUUUUUUUGAUAGAAGUCUGCAUUCAGUUCAAUCUUCUGGAUGAGCUGCAGUAACAGAUUGCAAUUUCUACUGGAAAACAAAAAAAGGGAACUUGGUACUGUAUUGCUGCUUUUCCUCCAAGUGUUAUACAUCUGAUUGCUGGCAUUCCUUCUUUUAAGGGUGGGAGGCUUUGAUGGAGUUUCCAUACUGACACUUCGCUUCACAAUAGAUAAUUUUCUUUCAGAACUGUGUUGUGCUCACCAUACAACCUAUAGUGCUAAAAGAAAAUUCUUGUCGUCUUAUUGACAUUUUUAGUGUUUGCUUUUCUUUAAGCAGCUUUAUGGAUGAGUAUUGUAUGGACAUUUAUUGAGCUUGAUGUUGUUGGUCUGUAUUGGAAAUCUGGAAGCAAUCUAUCUGGUGUGUGGAUAUUCAUUUUGCCCUUCAUAGGAGUAUUGUUUAUGGAGUACUUGUUUUCAGAAAGUAUCAAUUCUUGAGAUGCAGUAUCAUCUUUUUGAGAAAAAAUAUUGACUUAUAGAAGUUCACUUUGAUAUCUUUAUAUCAUCAUUGCAUUUUAUGAGAACAAGAAGUUUCUGCCUGUUGUUAUUCACAUGUAUCCUGCCAAUGUUUCGAAUUGCUUCUACAUGCUGCUAUGGUGGAUUAGGAGCAGUUCCUUGAGUAAGCGAAACAGAUGCUGUUCCUAAAGGGGCCAAAACGUAAAAGAGUUGUUGGAAUUGAAAUGCAUUUCCAGCAAACAAGUACGGAUAUUACAGAUUUAAGAUCAUGACCCAUUCAGGGACUAAACCCCAGUUGCAGAGCAUUUUUCUCCAGAUAAAAUUAAAGUACUUUGGGUCAACUUGAAGGUGAGCCUUGGAACGACGGUCAAGUUGUCUCCGUGUGACCUAUAGGUCACGGGUUCGAGGCGUAAAAUCAGCCACGAAUGCUUGCAUCAAGGUAGGCUGCCUACAUCACACCCCUUGAGGUGCGGCCCUUCCCCAAAUCCUGCGUGAACGCAGAAUGCUUUGUGCACCGGGUGACCCUUGAGUCGACUAUUUGUUUAUGUUGUUUUUACAACUAUGAUUGAGUAUAGGAAGGCUUGUUAAUCAAAAGGCUAUUAUGUAAAGGGCUUUUUGCCUUGGUUUGGCUUGAAUAUGAUGAGCUUAUCACAUGGCA